CACCUCAUUAGGUACAGAUAGCACGGUACCUCCUCCAGCAUACACUGCAAAUCACUUGUUCUCUCAGAGUUACAAAUGCCUUUCUCUAAAGCUCUUACUUUUGUAACCAUGCUUCUUGUGGUGCUACCUAUGGUUGCUAUGGCAGAUAUUGAUGGCAACCUGACUGCUUUCUAUGACAGGUUGUGUAAAGAAGUGGAUUGCGGAAAAGGAACAUGCGUAGGAGACACAUCAUACCCAUUGAGCUACAAGUGUGAAUGUGAAGCUGGAUGGAAGCAAACCCAAUACGAUGACGAUGAUGUUGAUGAUGAACACAAGUUCCUCCCUUGCGUGAUUCCAAACUGUACUCUGAACUAUGGCAGCUGCCAGCCAGCCCCACCUCCAGUUCCACAAAAAGAAGCUCCCCACAACAGCUCCUUCUUCGAUCCUUGCUAUUGGAUGUACUGUGGAGAAGGUCAAUGCACAAAUAAUGGAACAUAUAGACACACGUGUACUUGCAAUCCUGGUUUCGUUAAUCUUCUCAACAUCUCUUACUACCCUUGCUACAGUGCAUGUACUCUCGGAUCUGAUUGUGCUGACAUUAUUAGAAUCGCAAACUCAACAUCAACUGGAACCGGAACUGGAACCGGUGGAAAUCCAGCUAGCACCAUUCUUCCAGCAAAGUUCCAAUGGAUGAUUAUUUUGCUCGCCUCUAUGCUUAUGGCUCUGAUGUAGGAUGAGAAUUGAACGAGGAUCCUGGCUAACCAGCUUUUCAGUUUCGUGAUACUUGAUUAUACUCACUAGUAAAUUUCAUUUGGUGCAUCUUUCGUUUGAUCAUUCACCAGAUUCUUAUGUAGAAAUUCAGUUUGUAUGCGAAUGAAAGUCGGAACACAGACCUAGAUGGAGGAUGAGCGUUGUCUAUGCAACACUACGUGAUCCAUUUGGUUUUUAUGUAGUUGUAUUGAUUAUUUAUUUAUAAAUAACUGAGCUUGUGAAAAAUAUUUAUCUA